AACCGAUAAACAUAAGGCCGGAGCAUUAACCUUCGAGUCUGAUCUGAUCAGAAAAAGGUGAUCGUGUCGGAGAACUACCUACCCAUGGUAAAAGAGCCAUGUGUGUUUCACUUCCUAUUUGCUUGGACACACGCCCACAGUUUUAGGCAACUGCAGUCAGCUAAAAGAAGAUAGACCGUUUAGGGGAACCCAAAUCCCCCCUCCUUUUCUCUCUAACCAAAAACAAUGGAACCUCUCUUCGCUCCCUUUCUGCUAUCUUUCCUUCUUUUCUUUGACCUUUCUUCUUCUGCUGCUUCUCCUUCCCAUAUCUCCCAGCUCUUCGAAUCUUGGUGCGAUCAACAUGGGAAAACCUACUCCUCUGUGGAGGAAAAAUCUUACAGGCUUAGUGUCUUCCAAGACAACUACGCCUUUGUUACUCAGCACAAUGAUAUGUCAAAUUCUUCUUAUUCUUUGGCUCUCAACGCCUUGGCUGAUCUCACUAACCACGAGUUCAAGGCCUCUCGUUUGGGUCUCUCCGCUGCUGCCAUUGAGUUUAGGCGACCCAACCUUCGAGAGCCCGAUCUUGUUCGAGAUAUUCCGGCUUCACUGGAUUGGAGGAACAAAGGCGCCGUUACCCAUGUCAAAGAUCAAGCAAGUUGUGGUGCUUGUUGGGCAUUUGCGGCAACUGGAGCCAUGGAAGGUGUAAAUGAAAUUGUCACUGGAUCUCUUGUUAGCCUCUCUGAACAAGAAUUGGUUGAUUGUGACAGAACUUACAAUACUGGAUGUGAGGGUGGGUUGAUGGAUUAUGCAUAUCAGUUUGUCAUUGAUAACCAUGGAAUAGACACCGAACAAGAUUACCCAUAUCAAGGUCGGCAAAAAACUUGCAACAAACACAAAAUAAAUCAACAAGUGGUAACAAUUGAUGAUUAUGCUGAUGUGCCUAUGAACAAUGAGAAACAGCUAUUGCAAGCAGUGGCAACUCAACCUGUGAGUGUCGGUAUCUGCGGGAGCGAGAGAGCAUUUCAAUUGUACUCCAAGGGGAUAUUCACCGGUCCAUGUUCGACUUCCUUAGAUCAUGCUGUGUUGAUUGUGGGUUAUGGUUCGGAAAAUGGAUUGGAUUAUUGGAUUGUGAAAAACUCGUGGGGUUCGAGGUGGGGAAUGAAUGGCUAUAUUCAUAUGAUACGUAACAGUGGCAAUUCUGAAGGGGUUUGUGGCAUUAACAUGUUGGCUUCGUAUCCAAUAAAGACUAGCCCUAAUCCCCCUCCUCCAUCUCCUCCGGGACCAACUAAGUGUGGUUUCUUCACUUACUGUUCAGCUGGGGAAACCUGUUGCUGUAAACAUCGGCUAUUCGGAAUAUGCUUUUCGUGGAAGUGCUGUGAGUUGGAUUCAGCCGUGUGUUGCAAAGACAAUCGUCACUGCUGCCCCCAUGAUUAUCCGAUGUGCGCUGCAAAGAACAAUCAGUGUUUCAAGCGAGUUGGGAAUGCUACUAUAACGGAAGCAUCUGAAAAGAAACAGUACUUUAGAAAGUUCAGCAGUUGGUGAUCCUUUUGUUGGGACACGGCUUUGAUAGAAUAAAUUCAGAGUUGUAUUUGUAGAACAUAUUUGCCCAUAAUGAUAGGAAUGGCUAGUGUAAAAUGCAUUUUAGUUUUACGUGGAAAAAGGGGAGAAUUUACUUGUUUAAA